AAGCACAGCUCCCUCAUGUGGCCUCCAGCUGAUCUUCUCGGGUUAUUUUGGGGGUCAGCUGUUGCUCUUCUCGUCACCAGGACCCUCCUUCUUCUCCUGACCUUCCUCUGCCUGCUGUCUUCUCCUCUUCACCUCCUCUCCUUCACCACCCUGAUCUUGUAUCUGAGGAUGGAGACGUCAGUGAAAGCAGCUGAGCUGUUGGUGCCGCCCGGACCUGAUAAGGCAUCUUCCCUGGAAACUGAGAACUUGGAAGGAGAAGCAGCAGCCUCCACCUCAUCGGACUCCUUCGACCCGAUGGAGGAGUUCAGCCGACGGCUGCAGGACAUUCUCAGGACGCAUGGUUCUGCAGACGGCCUCCUGGACAAACCGGUGGUUGAGAACAUUGAGACAGAUAAGACAAAGCAGGAGGUGGAAGGUGACCUGGAGACAGACAUCUCUCUCAUCAAGCAGAGCCUGAACAACCUGUCGUCUUCAGAACUGGUCCAGAAGUUUGCUGAACUGGCGGUGCUGCAGCGCAGUGAUGAGCAGAGAAUGAGCUCUCUGCAGCAGAAACUCUGCAUCCUGCUGGAGGAACGGCAGCAGCUGCAGGCCGAGCGGCGCUGCAGCAUCGCAGCUCGCUGCAAGCUGGAGGCUCUCUGCAGAGAUCUGCAGAAUCAUUACAGCGCCCUGAGGGAGGAAACUCUGCAGCGCUGCAGGGAGGACGAGGAGAAGAGGAACGAGAUCACCAACCACUUCCAGGAGAUGCUGACGGAGAUCCAGGCUCAGAUCGAGCAGCACAGCGUCCGCAACGACAAGCUGCACCAUGAGAACGCCAACCUGACCGACAAACUGGAGAGCCUCAUGAACCAGUACGAACGCAGGGAGGAGAGUUUGGAGAAGAUCAACAAGCACCGGGACCUCCAGCACAAACUGACUGAGGCCAAGCUGCAGCAGGCCAACGCUCUGCUGACCGAGGCUGAGGAGAAACACAAGCGGGAGAAGGAAUACUUACUGGUUCAGGCUGCUGAGUGGAAACUACAGGCUAAGACUCUCAGAGAGCAAGCGACUGUCAUGCAGGCACAGCUGACGCUCUACGCUCAGAAGUUUGAUGAGUUUCAAGCAACUUUGGCCAAGAGCAACGAAAUCUAUGUCCGCUUUAAAAACGAGAUGGACAACAUGACAGAAAAGAUGAAGAAGGUGGAGAAGGAGGCGAACCUUUGGAAGACCAGGUUUGAGAACUGCAACAAGACUCUGAUUGACAUGAUUGAGGAGAGAACAGAGAAAGGCAGAGAAUACAACAUGUUCGUCCUGAAGAUCCAGAAGCUGGAGAAGCUGUGCCAUGCUCUGCAGGAUGAAAGGAAAGGGCUGUAUGACAAGAUUAGAGAGGUUCGCCAGUCCAAUGCCAACCUCCCAUCCAAGCUAGCCCACUUUACCGAGAACUCUGAUGUUUCUGAGGAAGCUGCCAUCCCAGAUCUCGAGGGGCUCCAGGAGCUCCAAGAGGAGGACCCGGUCCUGAUGGAGAACAUUGCCCGUCUGAGGGAGGAGCAGGCCAAACUGCAGGAAUUCGCCACCUCCCUCUUGGCCACGCCAGAAGACAAUGCGGAGCAAGAGGAGAAAAACGAGUUGGAUGCUGAAGAUGAUUUGGUCGUCUCCGCGAUUGUUCAGUUCAAAACUAAAACUGAGGUCAAAGAAGGCCUGGUUUCAGUGCCGGAUCAAGUGGAAGACGCAAAGUCUUCAACUGCAGAAUCAGGUUUUACACAAACUGCUAUAGAGGAGAAGGUUCAAGCUCCAUCUCUGGCUUUGCUGGAGGCUCCAAAACCUGAGCGAACAAAGUCAGAACCAAUAGACCCUGUGGUAUCUCCAGAGGUGGGGCAGGUUCAGACACAAGUCCAGGUCAGAGAGGUGCAACAAGCUAAAAGUGCUGAACACGUCCAGCAGUCUGGACCACCAACAGCAGAACCAGCCGAGAUGGAUCCAGAACCGCUGGGAGGCGAGGUGGAUCCAGAACCAAAGGAAGCCAAGGCAGAUACAGGACUAGAAGGAGCCAAGCCGUAUCCAGAACCAAACAGACCCAAAGGAGAUCCAGAAGCUGAAGCUUUAAAGACUGAAAGUCUGGAGGAGACCAGUGAGGUGAACCUGUUCCUCCCAGUGGAAGAACUGCAGGUCCAGCAGCAGCCUGCCAGUGACCCAGAACAAGUAGCAGAAAAGUCCACUCAACUUUCUGAAGGGUCAACCAAACCAGCUGUCUCCUCCAUGAAGCAGAAGAAAAGGAAGAAGAGAAACAACAAGAGCACAAGCUAAACCACAGGACGGGCAGAAGGUGUGUGUGUGUGUGUGUGUGUGUGUGUGUCCUACUCAAGCAGGUGAGGACGUACCAAAGAUACAGAAACCCGACUGUUUCUAGAGGUCAGAGGUCAGAAUGAAGAUGUAGUUUGACCUGCUGGAGGAGAUGCCUCACUAACAUCUAUAUUUGCUUCAUGUUUAGUGGAUCUAAAACCAGUGUUGGUAUCCAUGGUAACGGCUAUCAAUAAAGAUUUUUUGAACAAA